ACAUCACCCACGUCUGACGCCCCCGCCGGUUCCACCCGUCGCCGAUGUCGGGGGUCGAGGUGAUGGUUGACAGAGAUCUGCCCAAGGUAGACCUGGUGGAGCCAUCAGACCCUGAUGUCUCGAGCAGCGAGCGAGGGAGCAUGGCCGAAGGCGACGCAGGCGACGCACCACGCCUGGGAUCCUUGGCGCAGCGCGUGUUAGAGGAGUCUCGUUGGAUCCCCGACGAGGAGGAGCGAGCAAUCCUGGUGCGCGCCAUCCAACGACUCCGGCAGAAGGUGGCCUCGGAGUCAGUGGCGGAGCGGCAGAAGCAGUUCCAGAAGCUGGCCAGCCAGGCAGCCUUGCAGAUCAAGCCCAGGGGUGAGGCCGCUACUCCACCGGUGGUGGAAAGACGCUCACAGGGUCGGCCGGCGGCGGCGGAGCAGAGCCCGUUUCGGCCCUCCAAUGUGGAGACCAACUUAGCGGAGUAUCGCCUCCGGAAGGGCGAGGAAGUCGAAAGUCCUCCCUCGCCCCGGCGGCGCGGCAUCCUGCGCACCAGCUCCAUCACGCCACCGGCGAUUAAUGUGUCGGAAGUCACGGAGGCCAUGACGCAACUGCCCAUCCACUCCACCACGGCAGCGGCCGCCUUUGGCCGUUUCCACUUCAAAGGUGCAGACGCUGGCGACUCGACACCGACGUCGCCCUCGUCGCCCUCGUCACCCAUCGCGAAGAAAGCUCCCUUGCGCCUGCCGGUGAAGCAGCGCGCGUCGGCGGUGUCGAUCGCUGACGAGGAGGAUGUCAUCGAGUGUGAUCCGAGCAUGCCUCGGAAACUCUCCAAGUCCUCGUCCAUCUCCGAGUCUUCCACGACGGCGGUGUCGCCACGGCCCUCGAGUUCGACCGUGGCGCGCUCGAGCGUGUUCCUGAAGUCUCCGCGCCACAGCCUGGGAAACUUGUUCCGCUGGAAGCGCUCGGAGGUUUCCAUGGGCGAUCGGCAACGCAGUGAUUUGGAGCUCGGCCACUUAGUGGGCCAUUUACUCUUGGACGCCCAACGCCGGGGGAGUUUGCCACAGGUGCUGAGAGGGAAGGCGCCAGAGGCACCGGCAGAAGAGCACAAACCGGAUGACUUUUGCCUGGUCUCCGACCCAUCUUUGGCGACACCGCAGCCCGAAAGGACUCCCAUCCUCAGCAGCGGUCAGGAUCUGGGAGAAGAUACACAGCCGACGACACCUGCCACACCUCCUACAGAUGAGGUGGCGGCCACUACUCCGUCAGAGGAUGAACAAAGAUAUAGAGAUUGGAUGGACGGCUGCUGGCGUGCCGUUCGAGAAGAGAACGAUGCAAAGAUUUUGCAAUUGCAGGAGUCCAUCAAGGAAAGCCUGCAGAUGUUUGAUGAGAAGAUGUCUGCUUUGGCUCAGCAGGUGACUGAGGCCCCCGAGCUGCGACCAGAGAAGCCAGAGGAGACUGACGUGUCACUGACGAGCAACGUGCGAGGACUGCAGGUUCAGAUGGAGCGGUUGGAAGAGGUUCAGUCGGACUUGUUGCAGCAGCUUCGGAAGGCUGAAGGUCGCUUUCGUUCAUCUCUCGAGAAGCAGGUGACCCUGCAUCAGGAGACUUUAGAAGAACAUUGCCGAGACUUGCGUGAACAACUCAAGGGGCCGACGCCGGCUCAGCUUCAGGCCUCCAACGCCAGGCCCAAUGAAAAGCUGGAGGAGAUGCUGGCAAGGCUAAGCUUGCAGCAGGAUCAGUUGGAAGCAGAAAUGGCGCAGAUGAAAAGCCGCCAAGAGCAGUCCCAGCGCAGUUGGGAGGAUCGGUUUCGAGAGGCGCAGCAGAGCACGGAGGAGACCUCGCUGGAGGUCCUUCGCAUGGCAGAGCUCGGGCAGAGGAUGUCAGAGGGCAUGGAGACGGCCAGGGAAGAGUUUGGCGAGCAGAUUAGAGUCUUGCGAGAGCGAUCUGAUACCAAGCUGGCCUCGCUGGAGGAGAGCUUUCGCAACCAAUUGGACAUGAGCAUGGGCGAGUUGAAGAAGACGAUGAGCGCGGGCGCCAGCGAACUUCGAGCCCUAGAGGAGCUAACCACAAGGAUGUCCCAAGGGCUGGAGACAUCCAGGGAAGAGGUUUGGAAGCAGAUUAGAGCCUUGCGCGAUGCUUCUGGUGCCAAGCUGACAUCCUUUGAGGAAGCCCAGGAAGCCUGGCAGAGCCAACUGGAUGACAGCAUCAGCGAGUUGAGCCAGAAGUUGGCCACUUUCUCCGAAUCUGCCAGUAAGUUUGACCAGCUGGAGACCAGGCUUGGGAACUUUGAGGAUUGCAUGGAAACUCGGCGUGCUGCUCAUCAGCGUGAAACUCACCGACUGUUCACAGAGUUGCAAACGUCCUUUGACAAGUUGGAAGGCACACAGAAGACGAUGCUGUCUGACACCUUGCCGGAGGUGGCGAGUGCCUUGAUUGAGCCGUGGCGCAAAGAGUUCAUCGAGCUCAAGGAUCAGUGCGCGCAGAACGCACGGCACUGGGCCGACCAGGACUCCUUGUUGGGUGGUGAGAUCAAGUCCCUGUCACUCGCUCAAGAAGCUGCUUGGCGUUGUGCAGUUCGGAAGCUAUUUAUCGGAAUUUAUCAGAUGUCUCACUACGAAAGACUAUACCAGAUUUACAGUACCCAAUUUAUAAUUCCUGUAUUUGGCAAGAAUCGCCCAGGACCCCAGCGCAAAUCUAGAACCUUGAAGAUUUUCUGGUAUCCUUCCCACUUGGCGUUUUGCUUGGCGAUGAGUUGCUUCCUGACAUUUGCUGAACGUUUUGGACUUGUCCAUCAUCCUUGCCCAUCAUCCUUCAGAGAGUCUUGGUAGCACCGAUGACCAGUGCCAUGACAUCGUGCAUGCAAGUGAUACAGGUGACAACCCCAGUGCCACAGUAAAUACAUGUGAGGUGGGCCUACGGCUUUGUGUAUUUCCACCUUCACUUGGCAUCGUCGCUUUGCCUAGGCGCACGCUGACGGCUUGAAGGCACUCAAAGAUCAGCUGCAGCGAGAGUUUCACGACAGCAUCACCGCCGAAACAGAUGCAGUCUUGAACGCCGUGACUGGAAAGAUCAGCCAGGAGCAGCAAGAGCGCGUCACAUCGAUCACUGCGGUCCGUAGCGAUCUGAAAGAGUUGAGGGACUUGAUGCAGCCGACGCAGAGAGAAAGACAAAUCUUCGAGCAGAGUCUCGACUGGAGGAUGCCGAUGGGUGGCCCCACGGCGAAUUCUGUGUCUCCAGCGCGCCUUGCUCGAUCGCCCUUUGCGGUGAAUGGUGGUGUUGGCGUCGAGAACACGCAAAAGAGGAAAGACUUAUGUCGUCGAAAGCUUACAAGCUCUACUGGUCCAGGCCAUGUACGAACACCAAGAUAAGCACCAAGCGCCCUAGCAGGUGCACCACGAAUGACUUUGAUGCAGCAGCUAGGGCACUGGCUUGCCCUGCAGAGCUGCAGCCUGCAGGUUUUUUUCGUUAAUGUGGACAGCUUGUACAGACUGUCUUGGCGAGAUGUUUGCCUUUUUGCCACAGGCGAGAUGUGGUUGAGCUACGACCGUCCGACUCGUGGAGUGAAGGGCGCCGAUUCUGAAAAAGAA